AUGCAGUGGACUUUGCUCUCGGUGGUGCUUCUCGGAAGCUUCCUCGCCGCCGUCGGCGAGGAGCAUGCUGGUUGCUACGACCAACCAACCCCCACUGUCACGCCUGCACCGACGCCUGCACCGACGCCUGCACCGACGCCUGCACCGACGCCUGCACCGACGCCCGCACCGACGCCCGCACCGACGCCCGCACCUACGCCUGGCCCGCCUCUCAGUUGCGCGUUGAUCGCGGCAGCUCAGAGCCAGGUGCCACUCAAACUGACGGCGGCCGACAAUUCUGGUAUGUGGGGCCUCGACGACGAUAUGAACGCCGUCGUGGCGUCAUCGGCCACGACGUUGCUUCUCACGCCGCUGGAACCCAACCGGUAUAUUUUUACCCCCUACACGAAGGCGCAUGUGUCUUGUGAAGCUGUCUCGGGCCAAGUCAAGUGCUUUCAAUGGAAGUCCAGCGGUGCCACGAUCGCCUUUCGCAUCGGCGCCGACUACGUGACGCAAGUCAACGGCAAGCUCUUGCUAUCGGCCAACACCGGGCCCCCGGCGCUCAACCAGCAGUGGGUUGCCACCGCCGCGCAAUGGGGACAAUAA